GUGACGCCCUCCGCGCUCCGCCCCCCCCGCUCCUGCUGCCGGCGCCGCCAGCUCGGCCCGGCGCGGGCGGGCGGUGCAGCCAUGGAGCAGGAGCGCGAGUGCCGGGUGCUCUCCAUCCAGAGCCACGUCGUCCGCGGCUACGUGGGCAACAAGGCGGCCACCUUCCCCUUGCAGGUUUUGGGAUUCGAAGUUGAUACGGUGAACUCUGUCCAGUUUUCAAACCACACAGGUUAUGCCCACUGGAAGGGUCAGGUGUUAAAUUCAGAUGAGCUUCAUGAACUGUACGACGGACUUAAGCUGAAUGAAGUCAACCGGUAUGAUUAUGUACUCACAGGAUAUACAAGAGACACAUCGUUUCUUGCAAUGGUGGUGGAUAUUGUCCAGGAGUUGAAGCAACAGAAUUCUAAUCUAGUGUAUGUAUGCGAUCCAGUGAUGGGUGACAAAUGGAAUGGAGAAGGCUCCAUGUAUGUGCCCAAGGAUCUCCUCCCAGUCUACAGGGACAAAGUCGUACCUGUUGCUGAUAUAAUUACUCCUAACCAGUUUGAAGCUGAGUUACUCACGGGCAGGAAGAUUCACACAGAAAAAGACGCUUUAGAGGUAAUGGAUAUGCUCCAUGCCAUGGGACCAGAGACUGUGGUGAUCACAAGCUCAGAUCUACAGGCACCUCUAGGAAACGACUACCUAAUUGCUCUGGGAAGCCACAGAAAAACUAAAGCAGAUGGUACCAAGAUGACACAAAGAAUUCGAAUGGAGUCUCCUAAGGUGGAUGCUGUCUUUGUUGGAACAGGAGACUUGUUUGCUGCUAUGCUUUUGGCAUGGACACAUAAGCAUCCAAACAAUUUGAAGGUGGCAUGUGAAAAGACUGUCUCAGCCAUGCAACAUGUUCUGCAAAGGACCAUUAAGAGUGCAAAAGCACAAGCUGGAGAAGGAAACAAACCAAACUCAGCCCAGCUGGAACUGAGAAUGGUCCAAAGCAAAAAGGACAUAGAAAACCCAGACAUCAUAGUGAAAGCCACCGUGUUAUAAAGGCUGUAUGUCUCCAGUAACGCACAAUGUAUUGAUGUCCUCAUUUCUUUCCUGUAAAUUGUAAUAUUUGCCUUAGAUCUGUGACAGAAACCUGACUUUCAUGAAAUAGUGCCCAGCAUAGGCAGAUACCCACUCUCAAACAUAUGUGCUGGCCUUGCUCAGUUUUAAAAACAAAACAGUUAGUGUGUAUUGAAGCAUAUUACCAGGUAUCAAAAUGGCUGUCCAAUUCAGUUAGUCUGUGUAAUUACCCAGGGCAAGAGAGUACAAUGUUCCUGCCUUGCCAAAGACUUUAGAUGUGAAUUUGCUAAUGGAAUGCUUGACUGACUGGAAAAUAUAUUUCAAGAUGGCAUCUAGUGCCAAUGGAGCUGGCUCCAUGCUCCCUUUUCCUGGAGAUAUCUGGUUACCUACUCUGGUAUUCAGUAUCUCAGCUGCUAUGAAACUAAGCAGGGUUAAAACUACACACAAAGUUCUGGUUGUGUGUGGGAAUACUUUGAAGAUGUUUGGCAUAUAAAUUCUCUGAAGUGACCUUGAGGUGUCAUUCAUGUUACUGAUAACUGCUCUUGUUUCUUUCCUAUGAACAGCUGCACAGCUUCAUUUUUUGCAGGUACUGGCUGCUUAUUUCUAAUGUCUGUAGGUGCCCCCAUGAUUUUCUUCCAAAAGCUGCUCGAGAAACAUCUUCAUUAAUAAGAUAAUAACUUUAUUCAGUAGCACUGAUUAGAAAUUUGUAGUUCUACCUCUGAGGCCAGGCUGAUUCUUUGUUUAGUUUUUAACUAAGGACAAACAUCCUGUAAGUACAAAGGAGAAAGCAGCUCUUACCCUGAAAGCUGGCUACCCUAGUUUGUUCUUCAUGGGUGGAUGUAUUUACAAACUAUGUAGGGCACUUCCACUUAACAAUAGUGAGCACUAUUGGCAGCUUACCAAUGAAGCAAUGUGGUAAAAGUAAUUUUUUUUAGUUUAGUAAGGUUUAGUAAGUUACGUAUGUUUGCCAAACGCAGUGAAACAUACAAAAUUAAUUUGUUCAUAAUGUAAGUCUCUGCAGCCUAUGCUGAUUAGAGAUGACAGAAAUGCAUUCAUAUUAAUGCAUCUUUAUUUCAGAAUUCUGCUUCAUAAGGCUUCAAAAUGGGUUUCUUAAUAAUUUCAGCAUUCUAUACGUCACAGCUACAUAUUAUACCAGUAGGGCAGAUAUGCUGACAGGUACUGACCACUCGUACUUCCAUGUGAUUUCUGUAUGGUACUGAGGUUCUUGCUUCUCCUAAGGUGAGGUCUAGUCUGUUGUUAAAUCCAAAUUAAGUUGAUGAGCUUUAUUUGUGUCAGACAGCAUAGGGAGAUUAAAAUUGCAUUUCUACUUGCAGUGACAUGAAGCAAAUUUGCAUUAGAGGAAAGGGCUGAGUUUUUCUUGAUUACCUGAGUAUGCCCAGGAAACUCAGUCUUGGGUAUCUCCCAGAUACCUUUCCUGCAUCUUCCUCAUCACACCUGCCUAACUGAUAGUGUCACUUGCAUAGCUUGGGAGUCCCGAGGAGAGCUGGUUUGGAGAUUGCUUUGGCCACUGAAGUCUUCACUUAUCCCACCAUUUUUGUGGAUUUUCUGCCAUUGUAAAAGUUAAUUGGGUUCACCUAAUAGAAGAGUAAUUUAUCCUUGAAGUGAAUUUUUAGCUGAAUAGAUUUUUUUCGUAGAGUAAGAUUUCAUAAUUAAUACAUUUCUGAAAUCCCUCAUUUUCAGUAUCUCUGAAGCAAAUGAAAUUUAAGAGAUGAACAUGUUUUUCAGUAAAUGUAACAGGCAAACCUCAGGCUUUCACUCUCAACAACUAAUAAUAAUUUUAUUUCCUCUCAUGCAUUUGGCAUUAAAAAUGGAAAAAAAAAAUUCAUAUGACUUGAGAAUGUCAAGGGGGAAAAAAAAAAAACCAAACCAGAAAUGACCUACAAAAUGUGACUCUACUGCCACAGUUUUUACUAACCACUGCCAUGAAAUAACUUUCUAGCAAUAAUAAUUUUGGUGAUGUGAAGAGUUGCUAAAAUUAGCAGUCAGUAACAGAGAUGAGCUCAUGGCUGAUAUCCAACAUGUAAAAAGACAAGAACUAUCUUAACAAUGUGUAUCAAUACCUGAUGGGAAGCAGUGAAGAAGGAGCCAGACUCCUCUCAGUGGUGCCCAACGAAGGGAUAACAAGCAAUGGGCACAAAUUGAAAUAUAGGAAAUUCCAUUUAAACAUUAAAAAAACUUAAUUCACUGUGAGGGUGAUCAAACACUGGCACAGAUUGCUUAGAGAGGUUGUGGAGUCUCCAUCCCUGGAGAUACUCAAAACCUGACUGAACAUGGCCUUGAGCAACCUGCUGUAUUUGACCCUGCUUGUGGAGUGGGGUUGGACUAGACAAUCUCCAGAGAUCCCUUCCAACCUCAACCAUUCUGUGAUUCUGUGAAAUACAAUGAAUUGCCUUUCCUGGCAGUGCUGUAUUUUUAAAUUGAUGCAAAUAUUUUUUUCUUCCUGAGACACAAACUUCCAGACAGGCUAGGAAAUAGCUCAGUUUUAAUAAUUUGCCCCUCUUUUAGGUAAGCUGCUUUUUGCUUGGGUAGUUGUGCCAGAAAUACAAUUGCCUUUUUUGAGAUAGUUGCUUUCAGCAAAAAUACUUAAAUACUGUAGCUGGUGAUGCAUUUCAACAGUUGAACACAAAAGUAUUUUAACUGUUUCUAGCGUUGAUUAAAGCAGCGUUACAUGCUAUAUUCCAAACAGAAGUGUGAUUCUAUGAGCUGCUAUGGGUCACAUACAAAAAUCUUCAGGUGGCCGAGCUUUGAGACCUCUACUGGUUCCCUCAGAUUGCCAAGAACUAGAUGAAUCCCAGGAGCAGUUCACAUGCAGUAAAUGACAUUUGAUUUCUACGGUCCCAUGGCUCCAGCACAGAUCUUAGCUGGGUCUGGAACUGGCUUCUGGUACACUGUCUCCUAUAGCCAGGGCUGUGGAUUGCCCAGCACCCCCUGCACCAGCCCUGGCUUCAUUGCCAGUCACGUAACAUGGCCUGGCUUGGGAGCUGCGUGGGGCCAAAUUGAGAGCCAUAUGGUGGCCAUCACUGCACUAGUGCAGUGCAAAAUUGAGGUUCUUCAAUUCUUCACAUCAGAGGACCAACAGGAGAGAGAAGCUCAAAAUUGACCUUUUAAACUUUUUUUAAGCAGCAGUAACAGUCAAAAUUUGCUGUCAAAGAAACCCUACCUGUUGUAAGCAUGUACUACAGAACAGUCCUUUUAGUAAGUGUUAUACAGCACAAUUUUUUUGUUGUUUUCACAAGGGAAUUGAGUGAAAGGCAAGGGCUGGUCUUUCUGAAAUAAAGCAGCUUGGAAUUUAGGAAACUUAAAGCUAUCUUGCAAACAAGGUUUUAUGUGUAAACCAUAAUGAACCAUGAUCUUACCAUAAAAAAGAAAGCGAUAUAUUUGUUGGAGCAGCUUAUACCUUUCAGGUGUGAUCAUCUUUUCCCACUGCUUCAAAGAAUGGAUCAGUUCAGUAAUUCACAGCUUCCAUAGAAUGUGACAUACCCAUGUUAAAAAAAAAAAAAAAAAGGCAUGAUGAUACUAAUGUGCUCAAUUUGCAAAAGUUCAUAUUUUGCAGUAGCUAGAUUCUGUAGCAAUGGGCUGCUAGCUGCUUCUGCUUAAGUCCCCAGGGAGUUGCUCAUGUGAUACCUGUUUUAAACUCCUACUGACCUGAUCUAAAUUAGGUCAGGUUUAUGUCUUCAGUGAAGAAUUGGGCUUAACAUCUCUUGCCAGGAACAAACAUCAGAAAUUAUCUGUAAAUAUAUUCUGUAGCUAAUGUUUUGUAGUCACAACAGGCUAACAGGUAUUUUUAAAUGUCAAGGUAUACACACUUAAUACUUGGAUGCUUUUUUGUUUGUUCAGUUACACAGCACUUUUUCAUAAUGUUUGCAGAACAAAAUUCAAAGACUCAGCACAGUUCUGUCCAAUCUUUUACUCCCUCCUCUCCUCUUGCAUAUAAUAGUCUGUAUCUGUUUCUGAGUUCUUACUGUCUUUCUGGUGCAGCUGGAAAGUGUCUCUGUAUUAGACAGCUGCUCACUACUUAUUUAAGGGCUUGGAGGAGACUUAUCAGGGUUGUCUGAUGCACUUGCAGAUCCUUAGGUAAAGAAAAAUGGUUAGUCUAAACUAGUUUAGGUCCCAAUCGAUUACAGAAGAACAAGCACUUUAGCCCAGAGAGUGGAGUCAAUAACUAAUGGAUAAUCUUCCAUGACCGUCCUAACAGCAUGCAAGGUGUCUGUAACCCACCAGUCCAGCAUUCACCACUUAGGGACUGCUGACUUCAUUGCCACACGUAUGCCCAUGUGUAUGUGUGAAGUUAGCAGCAAAGGACGCUUCUAAUGGUGAAGUGUAUGUACGCAUGGGAAUGGUGAAUCCUUUGUGUUUGUGUCCAGUCGACUUCUGCACUGUUCGUUCUUUUCACUUACUAGAAGUAAUUUCUGCUGGAUCCCUUUUUUCUGGAAUGAACUUUCCAGUGUAUGUGGUCAGCCAUUUUGAUUACUGCAGGUGCACUCAUUUGUGGAGCUGUGGUGCAGGAGAGACCAAAAGUUUUUUAGAAAUUAUCUACUCUAUUCUGGGCCCGGAUUAGUCUCUAAAUGCUUAAAAUUGACAUGUACCUCUUUGGGAGACAUGCAUAAAGACGUGCUAAGAUCAAUGCUAUUCAUACUCUAUAUAAACAUUUAAGAAAUCUGCAGUAUGAAUUGUUAACAUUAAUGUUUGUUUGCUGAUUUUUUAUCAUAAGCAGGAGAAAUCUAUAAUCAAUGUGUUAUACAAAAGAAUCAGAGGACCAAGGUUUCUAGCUACUCAUACUACCUUUUUUGAGUAUCUUAACUGUGUCUUGAUUGGUGUUAAUUUGUUGUCUGAGACUGUUACGGUGAUUGUAUUGAUUCAUUUUAAAAUAUGUGGCAAGGAAGAUUGUAAUAAAAGCAUCUACAUUUAAUAUA